CCUGCGCAAACCUCCCCGGCCCGCGGGCUGGUGCCCAGCGCGCUUUCGCCUGGCCCUGGGGUGGAAAGCUCACGAUCCUCGCGGGGCGCGCUCCGUGGCGCUGGCUCCGUUGCUCUGGCCCUCCUCUGGGCUUCCGUGGCUUUGGUGGCGUCCUUGUCAGGUCCCCUUCCGCCGCCCCUGCGCGUCUUCCUCAGGCUCCAUCCCACCUCCCGGUUCCGGCCUUCCCAGAGCUUCCCAACACCGCCCGUCCGCCCCGCCCUCGGCAAUUUUCCUAAGCCUCCCCCCAGCCCCCCCCCGCCCUCGGGGUAGAAUGGGGGACAACACCAGCCCCAUCAGCGUGAUUCUGGUGAGCUCGGGGAGCAGGGGCAAUAAACUGCUGUUCAGGUACCCCUUCCAGAGAAGCCAGGAGCACCCGGCAUCCCAGACAAAUAAGCCUCGUAGCAGAUACGCUGUCAACAACACUGGAGAUCAUGCUGAGGACCAGGACGGUGACUCCAGCGAGCCAUGUCCUCCAACCGAUGAGCAAUUGGUUGCAGGGUUUUCAGAUGUCAUUCUGGCAACAAUUUUGGCAACCAAGUCUGAAAUGUGUGGCCAGAAAUUCGAACUGAAGAUUGAUAAUGUGCGUUUUGUCGGGCACCCAACACUCCUACAGCAUGCACUGGGGCAGGUCUCCAAAACAGACCCAUCCCCGAAGAGGGAGGCUCCCACCAUGAUUCUUUUUAAUGUGGUAUUUGCGCUAAGGGCCAACGCGGAUCCCUCGGUGAUCAACUGCCUGCACAACCUGUCCCGACGGAUCGCCACCGUGCUGCAGCACGAGGAGCGCCGCUGCCAGUACCUCACUCGGGAGGCCAAGCUGAUCCUCGCGCUGCAGGACGAGGUGUCUGCUGUGGCCGACGCAAAUGAUGGUCCGCAGUCUCCGUUCCAUCACAUCCUGCCCAAGUGCAAGCUGGCCAGGGACCUCAAGGAAGCUUAUGACAGCUUGUGUUCGUCUGGCGUGGUGCGGCUGCACAUCAACAGCUGGCUGGAGGUGAGCUUCUGCCUGCCCCACAAGAUCCACUACGCCGCUGCCAGCCUCAUCCCCCCGGAAGCCAUCGAGCGGAGCCUGAAGGCCAUUCGCCCGUACCACGCGCUGCUGCUGCUCAGUGACGAGAAGUCCCUGCUGGGCGAGCUCCCACUCGACUGCUCCCCGGCCCUGGUGCGUGUGAUCAGGACCACGUCUGCCGUGAAGAACCUGCAGCAGCUGGCCCAGGACGCAGACCUGGCCUUGCUGCAGGUCUUCCAGCUCGCAGCCCACCUGGUGUACUGGGGCAAGGCCAUCAUCAUCUACCCGCUGUGCGAGAACAACGUCUACAUGCUCUCCCCCAACGCCAGCGUGUGUCUGUACUCGCCACUGGCCGAGCAGUUCUCCCACCAGUUCCCGUCUCAUGACCUGCCAUCUGUCCUCGCUAAGUUCUCCUUGCCCGUCUCCUUGUCAGAAUUUAGGAACCCCCUCGCCCCCCCUGUGCAAGAGACCCAGCUCAUCCAGAUGGUGGUGUGGAUGCUGCAGCACAGGCUCCUGGUCCAGCUGCACACCUACGUCUGCCUGAUGGCCUCCCCCAGCCAGGACGAGCCCCGCCUGCGCGAAGACGAGGUCCCCUUCACUACCAGGGUCAGCGGCCGCAGCCUCAGCACACCCAAUGCCCUCAGCUUUGGCUCCCCAACCAGCAGUGACGACAUGACGCUCACCAGCCCCAGCAUGGACAACUCCAGCGCAGAGCUGCUCCCCAGUGGAGACUCCCCGCUGAACAAGAGGAUGACCGAGAACCUGCUGGCCAGCCUGUCGGAGCACGAGCGGGCAGCCAUCCUCAGUGUGCCCGCCGCCCAGAACCCCGAGGACCUCCGCAUGUUUGCCAGGCUGCUGCAGUACUUCCGUGGCCGCCACCACCUGGAGGAGAUCAUGUACAACGAGAACACAAGGCGCUCGCAGCUGCUCAUGCUCUUCGACAAGUUCCGCAGCGUGCUGGUGGUGACCACCCACGAGGACCCAGUCAUCGCCGUCUUCCAGGCCCUGCUGACGUGAGCCUGGGCCGGGGACGCAGAGACAGGCUGCUGCAGCGCAUGGGGCACCGGCACCUCCCACCCCGGGGCUCCCUCCUGACUUCAGCCUGGGUCAGCUGCCUCAUGGGGCUGCUGCCCUCUGCAUUCUCACUGGUCUAGUCCUCCAAACUGAUCCGGUGUCUGAGCCGAGAAGGUGAGGCUCUGAGCUGGGGGAGCCUGCGUGAGGCUGCAUGCUUCCCACACAGAUUUGGGCCUGUGUUCCCGGCCCCUUCCACUGCUGUCCUUCAAGACUGAGGGCUCAGGGCCUGGUCUGGCGGCCCUGCACUGCCCCAUUCCUCCCAGCUUGUGGGCCUUCCAUGGUCAUCUCCACCCUGGCCCUCACCGCAGCUGCCAGGAGGCUCAGGCCUUAGCCAUCUGCUCCCCUUUGCCACCUGAGGCAGAGGGCCUGGGCUCGUCCAGGGUGCUUUCCCGGCUCCCCGUGGGGUGGCUCUGCACUGGUGUUCCCAGUCCUCCCUCACAAGGUGGGGCGCCGUGGGCCCUCAUCGGCCUGAGGAGGGCAGUGCCCACGCUGGGCCUGGCUCUAGGUGCCCUGCUGCACACGCAGCCCCACCUCCACGUCCUGGAGGAGGGACGGAUCACUGAGGGGCUCUGGCUGACACACAGUGACACGUUUUCUAGAAAGAAAGCAUUUAUUUGUUUGUAAACAAUUAAAAAGCCUGCCCUUAGCAGGCCCUUGCUUAGA